CGCAACUCAUAGUCCAGCUCCCAUGGAGUUCCCGCGUUGAUUGACGGGCUGCGCGUCACGUGACGGCCAUGGCCGCAGCCUCAGGGAGAGCCGAGGAGCCCGACCGCACCCUCUUCGUGGGGAACCUGGAGAGCCGCGUCCACGAGGAAAUCCUCUACGAACUCUUCCUGCAGGCUGGGCCAAUAACCAACGUGACUGUAUGCAAGGACAAAGAUGGAAAACCCAAGGCUUUUGGAUUUGUCUGCUUUAAACACACAGAAUCAGUGCCUUAUGCCAUAGGUUUGCUGAAUGGGAUUCGCUUAUAUGGAAGACCAAUUAAACUGCAAUACCGAUUUGGAAGUUCUCAUCCUCUAGAUUUAAAUAGUUCCUGUGAGAAUAUGGACAGCGAUGUACAAUCAACCAUAUACAGGACUGAAGAGCCUUAUGGUGGUAGUCCUGUUGGCCCUUUUCAGAUGAAUAAUGGUCCAUAUCAAGCUUAUUCUCCCUAUCAAAACAUGACAACAUACUUCUUGGCACAGCAAUAUGCUCCUUUCAGCCCAAUUGGACAGCACUUCCCUUGCUACCAGAUGGCAACGCCGCCACCACCUCUGGGUUUUCCUCUAUCACCCUACCUUAGUCCAGGACAAAACUCUUUUGUAUCUGUCUACUCAGAACCAAAGAACUACACACAGUAUCUGGCGAAGGCAGGCACAUAUAAAAGAAAACGAAUUCAGGAAUCUAGUGACAGUGACAGCAGUGUAGAAAAUGAAAAGAAAAAAAAAACAAGUAAAAAAUGAAUGAAACUAAAAUGGCACACACUUUAUUGGCUUAGUUUAAAGAGGGAAUGGCCUCUUUGCAGUUCACUGUAUGGAAGAGAUGAGUUACAAUAAUUUCAAUCUGAGGAAGAUUUUACUGAAGUUUGAGGUUAAAUAUGAAGAAAAAGAAAGAAGUCCCUUCAUAGAGGUCUGUUCCAUGGAGGUCUGUUUCAUUAUUGCCAUAUAUUUUAUCAGUAUAUAGUAGUAUACAUGCUGCUUAAAAGAUUACCCAAAGUGCCAUAGUCUCAUUGAAUGCCUUUAUUCUCAGUAAACAUGAGAUGCCUUUAAUAUGCCUUGUAAUUACUCAACACUGUUCUUAUGUUGUUACCGUUUUUGUUUUUGAGUUUGGCUAUUUAGAUACACAGAGCUGUAUGCAGAACAGCCCUUCCUGGGCUCUUCCUCUUCAGGUUAUUGGAGGAAACCUUU